AUGAUUCUCUCUUCCAUCUCACCUCCACUGGACUCUUCCUUUCGGAUACCAUCCACCACUGUCAAACUUCAACAUCCAUCGAAACAUCUUCUUCAUCCUCAAAUCAAAUCGUCCCAACAAAUUGGAUUCAUUAGAAAACCAAAAGGUGUUAUUAGUUCUACUAACAAUGUUGCUCUUCAUCUGUUUACAACAAUCUCUAAACGAGUUGUUCUUCAGAAUUCUGUCGUUCCUUUUGCUGCUUCGAUUGCGAUUCUUCUCUGGUCCAAUCCAGCUGAAGCUGGAUUUCUUUCAGGGUUCUCCGGACUAGAAUCAAUGCCUGGCCCUGAGUUACCACAAAUCGAUUUUCUCAAUCGCUUUAAUGAUUUUGCUUCUCUUGCAGAUGAAAAUCAGAAAAAGUAUGCAGAAUUUGAUGCAAGAUUCAAAGAAUCACCCCUACUUAAGAAGCUACUAGAGCAGUCCAAACUGAACAAAGAGAAGAACAAGCAAGAAAUUCUUGACAAGUACUGCAUUCGAGGGGCGGAGUGGGGCGUAGGAGAUUGUUCGGCAGAGGGAAUGACACCAGAUGAGAGAGAGAAAUUCAUUUCCAUGUUGAAAGAGAAGGCUGGAGUAAAAUGAGUUAAACUGUUGUAGAUGGGAAAUUAUUCAAUGCUUAGCAUUGAUCCUUUCAAUUUUCAAGUUAAACACAUCAUGAGUUAUCUCCUAUAACUCAAACACAAAAGCGGUGAGUCUUAUAGCUUAGACCAAUAAUUACUAUUUGAGAGUACCACCUAGCAAUGCUUAAAGAGUAUUGAAUAAUUUCGCGUUUGGGAUUAUGUUUGUUUUUAGAUUAUUAGCAGAUGUGAGUCAACUACGAAACAGUUUUUCCUCUUUCGUAGGGAACACUUCUUUUCUUUUUCUUCAAUGAAUUAAAUAUGUUUUCUCCUUA